AUGAAGGAAGUGCCUCCAACAACACAUCAUGUAGCCAUCCGUCUCCUGAUUCCUGAUGUUGUUUGGUGGAGGCUGAUUCACUUCAGAUCGAGCAUGUUGACUUCAGCUUCUUCCCUGAGAAUAUUGGUCGAGAUUAUGAUGAUGCUUCGCGUCGCUCAAGCCUUUGUGACGCCCUCUCGCUCAUCCUUUGUGGUUCGACGGUCGCCUUUACUUGCCAGCCAUAUCCGUUUGGCCAGUGCCACCACAUCCGAAGAUACCAGCAGUGCCGCCUCUCAAGCUGCCCCUGUCCAGUACCCCGUUGCGGAUGUGGAAAAGAAGUGGCAACAAUACUGGGAAGACAACCAGACCUUCAAAACCCCCGAGAGAGAUCCUGAUAAGCCAAAGAAAUACGUUUUGGAUAUGUUUCCCUAUCCAUCAGGCGCUGGACUCCAUGUCGGACAUCCAGAGGGGUAUACUGCAUCGGAUAUCAUGGCUCGCUAUUGGAGAAUGAAAGGAUACGAUGUGCUGCACCCGAUUGGUUGGGAUUCCUUUGGUUUGCCAGCAGAACAAUUCGCUAUUCAAUCGGGGACCCCACCAGCUGAGACUACGACCAAGAACAUCGCCACCUUUAAACGUCAGUUGAAAAUGCUUGGAUUUUCCUAUGAUUGGGACAAGGAAUUGGCCACCACAGAUAUCAACUACGUCAAGUGGACCCAAUGGAUCUUCCUUCAGAUGUAUAAGAAGGGAUUGGCGAUGCAGUCUGAGGUAUCUGUCAAUUGGUGCCCAGCUCUGGGGACAGUUUUGGCCAAUGAAGAGGUCAUUAACGGUCUGUCAGAGAGAGGCGAUCACCCAGUUCAAAGACUUCCUUUGCGACAGUGGAUUUUGAAAAUUACUGACUAUGCGGACAGAUUGGAAGCAGGAUUGGAAGGAUUGGACUGGCCAUCUGGAACCUUAACCGCACAGCAACAAUGGAUUGGCAAAAGCCAGGGUUGCAACAUUGACUUUGGUAUUGAAGGAAUGGAGGAUGAGACGAUUACGGUUUUCACGACCCGAGCGGAUACGUUGAUGGGAGUCACGUAUGUUACGCUUGCACCAGAACACCCACUUGUGGGCUCCGUUACGACUGACGAGCAAGAGGAAGAAGUGGAUGAGUAUGUUGCUACAACGUCGUCUCGAUCUGAUUUGGAUCGAACCUCGUCAAAGGAAAAGACCGGAGUUUUCACUGGAGGAUAUGCCAUUCAUCCCAUCUCUGGAGACAAAAUUCCCAUCUGGGUAGGCGACUACGUCUUGGGCUCGUACGGAACUGGCGCCGUCAUGGCUGUUCCUGCUCAUGAUGCCAGAGACUUUGAGUUUGCCGAGAAAUUUGGACUGGAAGUAAAAUGGGUUGUAGAGCCUCUCAAGAACCCUGACAAACUCGACAAAGACAGUGCCUUCACAGAACCAGGAAAGUGCACAAACAGUGGCGAAUUCGAUGGGCUCUCCACCGGAAAGGCAAAGAAAGCCGUUGCGCAAAAGCUAAAAGGACUCGAAAAGGGCGGGCCAAAGAUCACAUACAAACUUCGUGACUGGGUGUUCUCUCGGCAGAGAUACUGGGGAGAACCAAUUCCCAUCUACUUUCCCGUCUCCUUCGCCGAUGGUGUGGAUGCUGAAUCUCAAGAUCCUCGAGAGGACGAUUGCGAACAUACCAUUGAAUUUAACCAACCAAUACCUGUCGACGAAGCAGAUCUACCCUUGCAGUUGCCAGAUAUGGACGACUAUCAACCAGGAGAUGACCCUGCUGGGUGUCUAGCACGUGCGAAGGAUUGGAGGUACUUUCAGAAGGACGGAAAGUGGUUUGCACGUGAGACCAAUACAAUGCCACAGUGGGCGGGAAGCUGUUGGUACUACUUCAGAUAUCUCAAUCCAAAGAACGACGAAUCAGCCUUCAGUAAGAAAGACGACAAAGACUGGAUGCCGGUGGAUCUGUAUGUUGGAGGAGCCGAGCAUGCAGUGUUGCAUUUGCUUUAUGCUCGUUUCUGGCAUCAGGUGCUUUUUGAUCUAGGUUUCACCGAGCACCCCGAACCCUUCCAAAAUCUUGUCCAUCAAGGAAUGAUCCUCGGUAGCGAUGGUGAGAAAAUGUCAAAGAGCCGAGGGAACGUAGUCAACCCGGAUGAUAUUGUCUCAGCACAGGGCGCAGAUGCCCUUCGCAUGUACGAAAUGUUUAUGGGUCCUCUUGAGGCAGUGAAGCCUUGGCAGACUAGUCAGGUGUCAGGUGUUGUUCGAUUCCAGAACAGGGUUUACAACCUCGUGUCAUCAGCGGUGGAAAAUGGAAGUUCCGAGAUGGACACAGAGACGCUGAAGCUAAUGCACAAGACUAUGAAAAAGGUGACCGAAGACAUUGAUUCAAUGGCCUUCAACACGGCCAUUUCGGCUCUCAUGGUGUUCUCCAACCAUCUGCAAUCUUUGGACAAGGUGCCUGUGGAGGCAGCCGAAAAGCUAUCUAUCAUGGUAUCGCCGUUUGCCCCACACCUCGGAGAGGAGACCUGGAGCAUGCUGGGCAACGAAGGAUCGCUGGCGUACCAACCGUGGGUUGAAUUCGACGAAGAACUGUGUGUCGACGAUACCGUGACAAUGGGCGUACAGGUCAACGGCAAAGUACGAGGCGAAAUCACAGUUGCCAAAGACGCGGAUGAGGAUUCAGCUGUCGCCGCUGCCAAGGAAGUGGAGCGUGUGACAGCACAGAUUGAAGGCAAGGAUAUCAAAAAGAUCAUCUAUGUACCUGGAAGAAUUCUCAAUUUCAUAGCAAAAUGA